CUGCUGUUACCGAGUCGUUGACAAGCAACUUCGCAUCACUUUCGACAGACGGUCUAUCGCCAAAUCUACCACCAUACUCAAGCUCAGUCUUCAUUUCCCGUUUCUUCUCAUCUCCAUUUGAUGCGCUGAUGUCGCCGGACUGCUUUUGACUUGUCCAACUUUUCUUCAGCCUUUCUUCCCCGCGUCAACAGCCUGAUCAGGCAGCUUUCUCCUUCACCUUGCCCUGAACAUGACUUGCACCGCCUUCGCCGCCUCAAGAUGACUGAUGCAGACCCUCCACCAGAAGCCCAACGCUUUGGUAGAUCUCAGACGCCCGAAUCCCCUCGUCCGGUCCAUAUCCCUGAACCCUCAACGAUCCCGGUGCUGCUGAACCAGAUGGACCCGGUUUUCAAUGACACCGAGACCUAUAACAUCCCUCAUAACCAAACUUUCUCUCCUUACUCAGACUCUGCUCGCGCUAUGAAUGAGAAUGAUACAAACGAUCCACACUCUGAAGAGCAAGACGCUGUCCAAAAUUUCCUGAGAGGCGCCGAGGAAGAAAACACUCGUCUCGACGAUUCUGCCCGGUUCCCCUCUACGAAUGGCCAGAUGAUCCAGAAUGAUGCCGCUGUCGCAUCCAGUCUUCUUUCAGCCCUUGCAAACGCUUCUGCGUAUCCACAGCCGUCUGAGACCCAUGCCAAAUCGCCUCCAGAUGCUGCCAGCCAGGUCCAAGAUUUUGCGCAAACGAACAAUGAUACUUCGUCAGCCACUGAUCUUCCUGCCAAUCCUGAUACCAGCAACACUGCACAAGCCGAUGGAGAGAGCAGGUCUGAGGCAGAGCCCGCUGUAAAGCCCAGCUUUCAAACAAAUGAAGGUGGAGUAGACUAUCAGUCGCUUCUGGAAACCAUUUCUAAAUCUGCUUCUACUGCUCCUGCUGCAGACCCUGUCUCUGCCCCAACUACUGCCACUUCGCUUGCCAACCAAGGAGCCCAAUCAUUACUUCCCAUUCCAGGUUUACCCCCCAAGCCACCAAUUCAAGCACAAUCUUCAGAUUCUCCCGCUGUUCACACGUUUCCUAAUCCCAGCAUCGACCAAUUGGGGCAAUCUCAGCAAGUGAGUCCAGACCACGCCAAUGCCAACGGCACCGAUCAAUCUGCUCUUGCGCCCGCGCUGUUCCAACCUCAAUCUGUUCCGACGCAAGCUCCGGGCACAUGGGCGUAUUCUGGCAUUCAAACAUCACCCACAAGCACUGAGCCUACCUCUCCUGCCCAGUCUCUCCAGGCGCCCGACCAAGGCAGGGCGUUUGAUGCGAAUGAACGCCCGUGGACCCCCGGCACACAAGCGCUUUAUGACUCUUUCCUUGAGGACGAACGGAGGUAUGUGACGGAAGGGAUCUGGGACAAGUUUCCCCAGGGAUCACGUCUCUUUGUUGGUAAUCUGCCAAGUGAAAAGGUCACCAAGCGUGAUAUCUUUCACAUUUUCCACAAGCACGGGAGGCUUGCCCAGAUCUCCAUUAAACAGGCAUAUGGGUUCGUCCAGUAUCUUGAGGCCUCGUCGUGUCAAGCAGCGCUUCAAGCGGAACAAGGCGUCGAAAUUAGAGGAAGGAAGAUUCACCUCGAGAUAUCGAAGCCUCAGAAGAACACGCGAAGCCAACAGGGCCAGCAAGGAAACAAAAGACGUCGAUCUCGGUCGCCAGAUCGUGGUACCUCGCGUCAGGCCGAUCGAUUUGGGCGUCCUAACUAUAGUGAUUUCCGAGAUGAGCGAGGUAGGCGCGAGGAGUAUCGACGAAGCCCCUCACCUCGAGGCUAUCGGUCCAGAGAUGACUACCGGCAGCCUGCCCAAAGUCCUCGUUAUGGUACUGGUGGAAGACCCAUUUCGCCUUUUACUAGCAACUUCUCCAACCCACCCUCGGCAGGAUACGAUGAGGAGGCUACUCUUCCCUUGCCUCGAAGAGACCCGCGAGAUGUGCCGGACGUGCAGCUGCUCAUCCUGGAACCUUCAGUGGCCCCAAGCUUCAUGAACUGGAUCGAACAAGGCUUCCGUAACAAAGGAUUACGUGCUUCGACAAUAUGGCUCAGUCCUCGACUACCUCUGAACGCUGUUGUGAAGCGGCAAAUUAUUGAAGGUGUGCAGGCUGUUGUGAAACUGACACAAACCAAUCAGUACAACAGCAAGAUACCCUUGCAGGUUUUCGAUCGAAGUCAAGGGACAUCGAAUGUCAACUUUAAUGAAUAUGUUGACCUUGAUGUCCCCGUUGCCGCAGACAUUGUGCUCCAUGCUCGACAAAGAGAACGAGGAAGCGUGCAGCAAAGUCCUCAAUCGUAUCAGCCACAAGGAUAUUCCCAAUAUGGCUAUCCUCCUCCACCGGCACAGUACCCGCCAGCACCAUUCCCCCAACACCAGCAACAACAACAACCGCAACAGCACAACCAGUAUCAAUACGGCCAGAACGCCCACUAUCAUAACCCGGCACAAACGCCCGUGACUCCGACUUCUGCUACAGCUGCCCCAAAUCUGCAGCAACUGCUAGCAAAUCUUCGGCAGCCUGGUGAUGGACUGCCAGACAGCGCCACGCCAAAUGGCAAACCAACUCCCGAUCUGGCAGGGCUUUUAAGUAACGUUGCCCGCCAACAGCAGGGCCAUGGAGGAGCACCAUUCCCUUCUCCACACGGUCCGCCGCACCAGCAGCAGCCACAGCAACAAGGUUAUGUACCUGGCCCACCGGCUUAUGCAACUGGGCAACAAUCCCAACAGAACGUACAGAAUAUCAUGGAGACCCUGGCGAGGUAUAAUAGAUGACCGAUCACGGAUCUCGUUGGGACGAACCAAAUUUCGACUUGUUUGAUGCUACGGAGGUUCGUUUCGCAAGUCAUGAUUGUAUUUUGUGAGAUCAACGAGGGCGGUUCAGUCGAAUGCUUCUGUGUCAAUGCGUGGAGGUUUUCUAGAGCUCAAUGCAGCGGGGGAGUUCGAGGAAUGAAAUGUCUAUGUACGAGCCACUAUCCGAAGACUUAUUACAUAGGCGUCGACCCUACAAUGCUAGCGCGCAAGAAAUAGACGCACGUUUAGAUACGAGGCUUUUGACGACUGUUGUCUCUUGUCAUUAUUGGAGUAACGACCUGGAAAUCUCUCACCA